AUGGCGUCAUCUGUAAAAUUGCUUUCAGUACGUCGGAUUCCGGAAACAUCAACUGAAAACGAACUCAUUUGGGUAUGUAAGACAAAUGACGAAUGGACACCUCUACCGGAUGCUAUAUCAGUAGUCAUCGAAAAAGCCUUUCGACGUGACUUGGAAGGAAUAACUAUUGAUGGAAUGUAUCGAAUUGAUUUUAAGUACUUCUUAAUAGAAUAUGUUGACGAUCGAAACCGUAAACAACCAAUUCGACGACAACAACGUUAUCUGAAAUUAUCAGUUUCUCGUGACGAAACGAUCGAAGAUGAAGCUCGGCGUUAUGAACGAUGCUCGUAUCCUUUAGUGUUAGUUUCAAGCUGUAGUGCGAGUGUGGAUACAAAUUAUUAUGGCUCACCAUUUAUUGCUGCAUGGUACUUGACAUUCACUGAGGGAAAACGGGAUGUUACAUUUGAUUCUAUUUUUCCUGUUCUUCUACAAGGUUUGCGCGAGGAAGGACAAUUCGAACCAAAACACGUACCUCUUAAAUUUACUCAAAUUCAGUUUAAAUCAAACUAA